AUGAAGAUCAAACAACAACUGGACAACAAGAAACUAGUGAGGAAACUGAGACGGAAGAGGAAUAAGAUUGUAAGCUCCAAAGCACUGAUAACUAUUUUAAAAAUAUUCGACCUCUUUAUUACAAUAUCGCAGAGGGUGUUGGUGGCGUAUUGUCGGUCAGGCAAGCUGGGUGCGGCCUACUGCACCCUACAAACGGGCGAGCUAUUUAUCCUAGAAGAGAUAGUAGACCGUCCACCAGAGUACCUGAUGUUCUUGAGCCUGUAUCGUCAAGUAGAACCGGUCUGCAUCCUACUGGAUGGGAAGAACCAGGGUGCCUUCGUGCAGACUGUGAAGAAGACUGUGUUUGACAGCGACGCUAAUGAUGAGGGACGAUGCAAACUCGUGUUCUUGUCCUCUCAGGAGUAUAGUGAGUAUUCAUCUCGUUCCAAAUUAUCCACUUCUCUUGUAGAUUUCGAAGCAUGCAAGCGACGCAUCUCUUCUCUCUCCCUGCCUACUGAGCCAGCAAACUGCUCUGAUGACGAAAGGUCUCUGUACCUGAGGACCGUCAUAGAUUACUCUCAAACACAGAGUGUACACGCAUUAGGCGCCCUGCUUAGAUACUUGGAUCUAAACUGGGCUAAGUUGAGCAUGGACCUGCAUGGAAAACCACAAUUUCUAAGCUUAAGGAUCAUUUCACUGGCAGACAUAGUAACAAUAGACGAGGACACAUACCGCGGACUGCAGGUGUUCAGUGCAGUGGCACACCCGAGCGCCUUCAAGCGAGGAGUGCGCGGCUCCAGCAGGGAGGGACUCAGUCUCUUCCAGCUGUUUAGUCGCUGCGCGUCCAAGCUCGGACAGCGCCAGAUGAGAGUACUCCUACAACACCCAACAUCCGACUUGGCGACGCUGGAGAUGCGGCAGGAGUUGAUAGCAUACUUCAUGAAGCCGCAGAGCGACGCACUCAUGAGGAACAUCUGCUCCUCCUUGCGAUACAUCAAGAACGUGCAUACUUCGAUUUAUCUAAAACCGAAGGAAAGUUUACCGUCAAGCCUGGAGUGGACCCUGAAUUGGAUAGGAGUAAAUAUUUUCAUCCACAAAGAUGUAGAUGACGAAUUAGUUAUUUUGCUGCUAAAAACAUCAGACACUGGUGGUUUUUAUCUGACAGUUCCUUUCUUCUCUAAGCGAGGGAACUCCAUGAUGAACAGCUUCAGCUUAACUCUAAUUUUACCGAUAUCAUGUUUAGCAGACUACCUAAUCUCUUUAAAACUAUAUUUAGAAAAACAAACAAUGGCGAGUCUCCAUGGCUUAAUGUCAGAGACUGCGAAGGUGGAGAUGGAACGCCUGCCUACAUACAUACAGGAGUGCAGUAUGCUGUACAUGCCACACCUCGGGUAUCUACUCGGCGUGAAGAUAUGGGAUGACAAUCUCACGGCUGAGGAUAAACAACUGCCUGAUAUGAAGUUCAUGGUAAGAUGGUUCAGAAAUGAAUCAUUGCUAGGCAUCUUUUUCGAGCAAGAGGUCGUUAUUGAUAUUAAAAAAAUUAGAAAUCUUAGUCUACAGAUUCCGACUUUAUUUAUCGAUACUUUUUCCUUUUCACUGCGCAUAUGUGAGCUGGACGUGAUGAUAGGCGACACGUACCCCGAGAUAGUGGCGCACGAGACACGUCUCAUGAUGCGACUCACUGCCGUCAUGUUGGAGCAUCUACACACACUCACUGCACUCGUCCACAAAUGUGCCGAGCUGGACUGCCUCAUAGCAAUAUCAAAAGUAUGCAAAGAGUUUAACUACGUCCGACCCACGCUGAGUACUGAGAAGAUCAUCAGCAUCAAGGCAGGUCGGCACCCGCUGUACAUGUUGACGUGUGACAGCUUCGUACCCAAUGAUGUGGAGUCCAGUGAUGAAGCUGGGUGUGUCAAGAUACUCACUGGACCCAACUCUAGUGGGAAGUCUGUUUAUAUGAAGCAGAUAGGUCUGAUAGUAUACCUGGCCCACGUGGGCAGCUUCGUCCCCGCGGAGGCGGCCACACUGGGAGUACUGCGACACAUACACUCCCGCAUACACACCACCGAGUGUGUCGCCGCACACAUGUCUGCAUUCCUCAUAGACCUGAGACAGAUGGCCUUAGCUCUUCAAGAGUCCACAUCAAACUCCUUGCUAAUAGUGGAUGAGUUCGGUAAGGGUACCUCUGCUACGGAUGGCCUGGCGCUCCUGGCGGCCUGCCUCAACACCCUGCUGUUCCGCGGAGACCAGUGUCCACAUGUACUGCUGGCCACGCACUAUCUUCAGAUCAAGGAGUACAUCGUAGACACGCCCAUCGUACGCUACCUGCGUUUCGAGUACGUGAUCCAAGAUGGAGAGCCAGUUUUCUUGUUCCGCGUGUGUGAAGGGGGCGCUACCUCAAGCUUCGCACUGCAGGUCGCGGCCGCCGCAGGACUUGGACCUGGCACUGUCGCCAGAGCAAAGAUUGUCAUGGAGUCUGUUAUGGUAAUAAUAGUGUAUUUGUAUAACAGUCAUAAUAAUAGUACAAUACAAUAUGGGUCCAUCCACUAAGUACAGUCCUAGGUCUAAUGCCUUUUUCAGUGUAUCUUUUUUU